AUGUCUCCAUCAGCAUCCCUCCCCACAGAAAGGGACGCCCUUACGAGUCGUGUCCUGCCCCAAAUGAUCCUCAGCAAGGGAGACGAAACCUCCUUAACCGGCCCGCCAAUCCCCGUGGCCACUGAUUUGAACGCAAGCGGGAGAGCAAGGCUGAGAUUCGGAGUUCAAGGAAAUGCUGUUGUGACUGGUGGAGCAGGAACCCUUGGAUUCGCUGCCUCACGUGCCCUUCUUGAACAUGGGUUAUCGGGCCUCAUGAUUUUUGAUGUCGAUCCUGCCCAUGGAAAAUCGAAGAUCCAGGCGUUACAAGACGAGUUUCCAACUGCGAAGAUAUGUUUCACGAAGGUGGAUAUCACGGAUGAUAUUGCAGUAUCAGCCGCCAUUGAUGACACUACGAAGACCCUCGGUUCGGUAGAUAUCCUCCUUUGUUUCGCAGGCGUAGUCAAUUGCACGCAUGCAAUUGAUAUGACGGCUGCUGAGUGGCGGCGAACUCUGGAUAUCAAUCUGACCGGUUCGUUUCUGUGUGCUCAAGCGGCGGCGAAACAGAUGAUCAAGCAGGGUACCGGAGGCAGCAUUGUCUUCACGGCCUCUAUUUCUGGCCAUCGGGUCAACUUUCCCCAGCCGCAACUUUCAUAUAACGUUAGCAAGAGCGCCUUGCUAAUGUUGAAAAGUUCGUUGGCAGCGGAAUGGGCAAGAUAUGGGAUCAGGGUGAAUUCGAUAUCGCCUGGUUAUAUGGAUACAAUUCUCAACGAAGGCGAUGGGCUUGCGGAAGCAAGAGCCAUCUGGGCGAGUAGGAAUCCGAUGGGUCGUAUGGGUACUCCGAGUGAGCUCACAGGAGCAGUGGUUCUCCUGUCGAGCAGCGCAGGAAGUUAUAUAACCGGAACAGACAUAGUUGUAGAUGGUGGUCAGGUAGUCUUUUAA